UCAAAAUAUCCGUGUUUUGUUUGAAUGUAGAGGAAAUAGAAUAUAUAAAAAGCUACGAAUAGUCUUUCCUCGCAGAAGUUUAGUAAAAGAAGAUACCAGAACGUCGCUUAUACUAUAAAUAUUUGAGGUAAUGAAGAAAGGAAGUCAUUUUCAAAAUUUGAAGGGAAUCUAAAGAAAAGUAAUUUUCAAGAUAACGUCCAUUAAAUAAACACGUAUUACAUCGUCGACCCACUUCGUAUAUUGAAUCGUUUACGAUGAAAACGGCGAUUCAAAUUUGUAUCCUGUUUGCAUUAAUCACUGCAAUGCUGCACGUUAGCAAUGCCCAACAACAACAGCAGCCGCAACAGCAGCAGCAACAACAACAACCUGAGGGUCAGUCGGGUCAACCAAGUCAGUCGGGUCAAUCGGGUCAAUCGGGUCAGUCCGGAAGUGGCAGUGCUCCAGCAAAACCAACAUUACUUGCUCGAAUGGCUUCUUUUUGCAAGAGUACGAUUCCCGAUAUACUUGGACUAGAUAUCGGUGAUGAUGUUGCUGAUAUUUUACUAGCAGUAGAUAAAAUGUUAGCCGCAAUCACGCCAAAUAUAUGAAUAGAUAUAAUAGUCCUCCGAUUCGUUGAUCACACUUUUGUUAUCUGCUGUUUGACAGUAAUUUUUGAAAAGAAAUAAAUUAUCUGCUUUAUAAAACACGA